AUGGAUAUAGAGGACCUGGCUGCAGAAACGUCCGCAGCACCAACUGCAGCAGGUGCUGCAGGGGUAGCAGCGGCGGCCCGUGCGAAGCGUCCUCGAUUUCGUCUGGUGGUGGAGGACGAAGGCGAUGAUUUCUUCGGAGGCCGCUCCACGAAGAUGCCGAAUUCUACUCAUAAACCCCAAAGUGACAGUACAACAAGCGCAGGUAGUUUAUUUGCAGCUGCAACUGUAUCACCUCCUGGCGCCGCAGCAGGAGGGCGCCGGAGUGCUUUGGAGGCGGUGUUUGGUGUUGAGGUUUGGCAGGGAGGAGGGGAGAGGGUUGGAUAUUUGUACAACAUCACGCAAUCGAAUUUUACGGUUGCGGCUUCGAAGGAGAAGAAACAAGUAUACUCGGGUUUGAAUAUGUACUUUGUUACUGAGGAGGGGAUGGUCUUCCGCUCCACUUUGUUGCACCGACCACACUUUGCAGUUGGACUUCGCAGGAGGGCAGGAGAUGCAGCGGAAGCCGCAGAAGCAGCAGCAGCAGCUCUGGGAGAGAGACUCUCUAAGUUCAAUGUAUCGAUAUCUGAAAUAGGCUUAAUUGAUCUAAGGGACUCUUCUCAUUUGGCUGCCUACGGACCUUCUGCUGCUGAUGCUGCUGCUGCUGCUGCAUGCAGCGAUUUCCGCAGCCCCAAAAGAAAACUCGACUUUCUUCGGCUUUCGUUUCCAACUGUUAAGGAACUUGUGGAAGCCAAGCAAGACCUCAGCUAUCUCAUUCGUGAAUCUGCUCAUCGUCGGUCGUCGCCUUCUUCUUCGUCGUUGAAUUUCGGUGUGUUGGACGCUGAUUUCACACCCGAUUUAAACUUGGACUUAUCAUCCUCGUCUUCUGCUACCACCGGUGCAUGCAAACAACAGCAGCACAAGCACUCGCUCGAUGUUCUUGAAGAAAUAUUCGAAGCAGAUGUUCCGUACAUCUCAAGGUGUUGCAUUGAUUUGGAUAUUCGCUGUGGCCGUUGGUAUUCCAUUAGCAGACAGACAACUAGCAUCAGCGAGCCCCUAAAGCUAUCUGUACACCCGACAUUGUCUAGCGCAGCUCCAUUGUCUGUGUUGGCGUUCGACAUCGAAUGCUUCAAGGAGCCUUUGAAGUUUCCGGACGCGCAGAAGGACCCUGUUAUCCUGCUGUCUUAUGUCUUUAACCAACAAGGGUAUUUGAUUGUUAAUCGGGAGUUUAUUGCAGCAGAAAUCCCCUGCUUUGCCUUUUCCCCGCAUGCAGAUUUACGGGGAUUGAGCGAUAUGAUCGUCUUCAACGAAGACAAUGAAACAAAAGCCAUCCAGAGAUUUGCUUCACAUCUCAGCAGACUCAAACCACACGUGGUUGUGACAUACAACGGCGAUGAUUUCGACCUCCCCUAUCUCUUCACAAGGGCUAAUGCAAGUUUAUGUUUUGCCAUUUCUCUCCCUUUCCUUCGCUUUGUACUGGGUGAUUGUAAUCUCUCUAACGUGUUUUCGUUUUUCGAUACGUGUAUUCACUUCGGUUGGUUUGACAUGUUUCAUCAUACUUGGACGGUUGCAGGUCUGCUGGGAGUUGACUUAAGUUCUUUAAUCGGGUUGCUGCCACCCCAGAAGGGAGAGGCGGUAGUGGGCGUGGGACCGGUCUUGCACUUGGACGCCUUUAAGUGGGUAGAGAGAGACUCCUACCUCCCUCAGGGCUCCCGCACAUUGAAGUCGGUCUGCAAGAUGAAGUUGGGAUUUAACCCUGUUGAGGUGGACCCUGAAGAUAUGGUGCCAAUGGCAUACGAGGACCCCCAGCGUCUGUCCGUGUAUUCUGUCUCGGAUGCAAUGACAACAUACUUGUUCUACCGCCGAGAUUUACUUGAGCGUUUCGAGUUGCAAUCGGCAUCGGUUUGCGCCUUGGAGGCGAAUGUGGAGUCCGUGUUGGAAUUUUGGAUGCAAGAAGAAAGCAAGACGCUUGGAAGGCCUUUAUCUCCCUCUUCGUUUGUAGACUUUGACCAGCACCUCCAAGAUAUCCAGAAGAGGCUGCUUCAACUCAAACAAAAGCGGUUGCUGCUAGCCAAGCCGCUGCUGCUUCACUUAGACGUCUCUGCCAUGUACCCGAACAUUAUCCUCACCCAGAGGCUGCAGCCUCCAGCAAUCAAAACCAACGCUCAGUGCAACGAGUGCCCUUGGAAAGACAAAGGUGUGGUGUUCCCCAUGCGCUACCGGUUGAGCUCUGCACUCGUUAUCUUUAUUGAGACAGUUGCCGAUGAAUGCCAGCGAAAGCUGCAUUGGCGUCGCAAGUUAGAAGUAACCCCCGCUGAGAAGGGGGAGGUGUUGUCCAUCGAGCGGCACUUGGCUUCUGCUGCGCACGCAGUGCAUACAACCCCAAGCAGCAGCAACGCUAAAGGCAAGGGGACUCGGUUCACCAAGUCAGAGAACGACAAUGAGCGAGCAGACAGCGGAGGCAGCCAAGGGGAAGAGGGGGGAACAGAUGAAGAGGAGUAUGACGAUGAUGACGAUGAAGGCAACUCAAGAGCAAACAAGCGGGAAAAGCAAAUGCUUUCCAAGAAAUCCUGGCACGAACUGACCGACAAACAGAAGCACUUCCUUCUCAUCAAAGCCGUGAAGAAAUACUGCCAAAAAGCACACAAAAAAACCAAAAUUGUUAAAGAAGUUGAAGAGGAAUCAAUCGUAUGCCAGCGCGAGAACUCCUUCUACGUCGACACCGUGCGGGCCUUCCGUGAUCGGCGAUAUGUCUUCAAAAAGAAGUUAAAAGAAGUAGAAAGGCAUUUGCACAAACUAAAACAAACAAAUGCCCCCUUUCAAGCAAUUAAACAAGCAGCCGACUUGGUCCUACUGAACGAUUCUCUCCAGCUGGCGCAUAAGUGCAUUUUGAAUUCUUUCUAUGGAUAUGUUAAGAGGCCGGGGGCCCGCUGGUUCUCCAUGGAGAUGGGAGCCAUUGUCACGAAAAUGGGGGCAGAUGUCAUACAAACUGCAAAGGACUUGGUUGAUGGUAUUGGGAUUACUUUGGAGCUGGACACUGAUGGCAUUUGGUGUCUUCUCCCAGAUAUCUUUCCCCUCAGCUACACAUUCACACUCAAACCAACGGAGGAAGCAACGCAAGCACAAGCAAGCAACGACAACAGCAAGAGCAACGGUUUCAAGACGUUACGUUUUGAAUACCCUACAUGGGUGUUGAAUAAGGCGGUGUUCGACCGAUUCAAGAACCCUCAAUUUUUGAGCUUUGAUAUCCAUCUAAAAGAGUUUAAAAAUGAGACCAAAAAUGAAAUCUUCUUUGAACUCGACGGUCCUUGGGAAGGAAUGUUCCUUCCAGCCAGCGAGAAGUCCGACGCACUCCUCAAGAAGAGUGCUCGUGCCUAUUAUGCUUAUUUGGUCGACAAUAUUGACUCGCGAAAGGAAUCUACUGAGAGCAACAAAGUGUAUGUAGUUUAUGGGUCUGGAGGAACGAUCAGCGAGUUGAAAGGAUUUGAAUUGAAGAGGCGAGGAGAGCUAGAGGUGAUUAGGCGUCUACAGUCGGAAAUAUUCCCGAUGUUUAUGCAUGGAAGCUCCAAAGAGGCAGCAUUUGCUGCUGCGGCUGCAGUGGGAGAGCGGUAUUUGCUGCUGUUGCAGCAACGCGGGGCUGCACUGCGGUCCAGGGAGCAGCUUCAGCAGCUACUGGUUUCCCGAAAGGUUCUGGCUAAGAGCGUUGCUGCUCAGUCUUUGAGCAAGUCUUUGAGCAUUACAACGGCAGAAAGGCUGGCUGAGCUGCUUCAAAACAAAAGCUACUUAACCGACGCUCCCGUGUCUGUACACUUCCUCGUCUCUGCUCUGCCCCCCAAGACGCCUCUAGCAGCUCGUGCUUUACCGGUGCAGCUCCUGCAAGCGCAGCAGCAGCAGCAGCAGCAAUACUUGCAAACCUGGUUGGGGCUGACGCCUGCUGCUGCUGCUGCUGCUGCCAAGCACCUCAGUCUGCUGAUAGACUGGGAAUACUAUCUAGAGAAGAUUGAGACGCAGCUGCUUAAACUACUCGUUAUCCCAGCAAUCAGACAAAACCUCAAAAACCCUCUUCCAAAACUCCAACUUCCCUCCUGGCUGCUCAGUCACCAGUCCAUACACCUGAAACAGCAACACAAAAUCGACCACUUCUUCAAACCUGUCGAUUGUGGAGAGACAUACACUCACAAACAGCAGCAACAAAAACUGCCCGCGGGCGGACAGUCUCGUGAUGUGGACAGGGGGGCAACGGAAGCUUCUGCUGCAGCAACAACUGUAGAAGCCCAGCAGCAGCAACAGCCGAAGCAGCAGGAGCAGAAAAUGCAGCACCAGCAACAGAAACUCCAACAGCGGCAGCAGCGCCAACAAGAAAUUGCGCUGUUUAAAAAUGAUAUUCAGGGGUGGAUUGCAGCGCAAAGAAUCAAAUGGCAGAAACUCCGAGAGGAGCUGCGCGUGUUGCAGCGCCGUCGUGCUGGGGGCAAUUUGAGUUAUUCUAUGGGUUUGAGUAGCGACGCUACGGACGAGGGUUUGUUUUGCCUACGGCUGACGACCCCUUCUUCCCGUCGUUUUUUCUCAGUCCCUGUGCAGAUAUUCCGUCACCUGUAUGUCAACAGCACAACCCAACUCAGCAAUACCACAAUCAGCAGCAACAGCAACGGCAACGGCAGCGGCAGUGGCAGCAGCAGCACCAUUAACGGCAUUCGAGUCAAGCCUUUGACAGGUCGUUACUUGUUGCCUCGGGGUCUGAAGCAGCUGCACUUGGCCGAACUUUCUCUCCUGGAGAAGGUCUACAGAACAAACAAAAGCUCCAUUUAUGCUUCCUUCCACCAACGCGCCGCAGGCAUCUUCGAAGGCAACCUGCCUCUGGACUUUGCGUUUUUGUCGCGUAUGGGUAAUAUGAUGGAAGCGCACACCACAGAUAUCCGGAGCUUGAUCGGCCCCCCAGGAAAUUUUUUGUCCGUGGGUUUCUCUCGCGUUUCUCCUCCUGGUGUAGCCACCACUCCUCUAGGCUCUUCUACCCUGUCAGUCUAUGGAAGCAGCUUUAAACCCCUUUUUGUUCAUGUCAUCCACAGCAACAGCAGAGACAAACAAGGCGGCCCGAGCUCAUUGCGUACACCUGACCGCCUUUUCUGUGCUGUCUAUGAACCCCACACGCACGAUCCCGGUUCCCCCAAUCCUCUCGAUCCCACCCAAACAUGCACCAACACAUCGGCUGCUUUCUUCAUCGGCGGAAGUAUGCACAAAGAAAUCAAUCCUUCCCUAUUGCAGCAGCAGCUGCUGCAAAGAGCGCUAGAGCAGCAGCAAAAGGACCAGCAAGAUGAGGAGGAGGAGGAAGAGGAGGAGGAGAUGGAGGGGUGUCGUUCCACCCGUACAGCUGACCCCAUUUCAGGUAUAUGCGCGGCUGAUAGCGCGGAUGAUAUCUUUGCUUCUGUCGACACCGAAAAAAUCAGUAAUUUCAAGGCAGCGCACUCGCUGCAUAGGCCUCUGUGCCGCUUCUUCUGUAGCAGCAGCAGCACCAGCGGCAGCACUGCAGCAGCUGCUGCUGCAGCAGCUCGCGCGCAACAGAAGGACAUAUCACAAACUCUGAGAGCGUUGGAGGAAUACUUAUAUGCGAAGCAACAGCAGCAGCAUGCAUCUCCAGCAGCGGCAGCAGGGGAGAUUUCCUCGCACAGCAGCCGCAGCCACAGCAAUAGCACCAGCAAGUACAUCAUUUUGCUGCUCUCUACGUUACCUUAUAAGGAACUGGGUCAUUGGGCAAGAAGCGCUUCCCUAACGAAUCCUUAUAAUUCUUCAUUCACGAUUCCUAUUAUCUCUCUCGAGCCCCAGACCAAACUCCGCACUUUAAGCAAAACUCAUUUCGCUGAGGUGGCAUUUCGGGAGUCUCAAGGUUUGCUGCUGCAGCAGCAGGAAUUGUUUGAAGCAUCUCUUUGGCUGUCACGCACGAUGUCCUUUCCUUUGGGAAUGGCAAUUAAGGGGUUGGGUUCGGCAGACCCAACUACUGCUGGUGCUGCUGAUGCUGCACAGCCCAGCGGCCCAGAAACAGAAGCAGGAGUUCCACCUCCUCUAGGAGGUUUUAGGGGGCCUCGCGAGACGAUGAAGAUUCUGUACGACAGUUUCUUCGCCCAGACCCUGAGACAGCACAAAGGCAUCUUGUGGAGCAGCAACUGUGGCACCAGCAACAGCAGCAGCAGCCAUGUGGACUUCGUGCUGCGGCAGAAGGAGACAGACAUCGGCGGUGCAUGUGUAUCAGCUUCAGCAUACGGCGACUUUGACUUGAAGGAAAGACAGAACCCCAAAACGAACCCAGGAAUAUACCGUUACAUCUGCUACGAACUGGCCCUAGGAGACUCACUGAUUUUCAACAGCGUCCGUUUGGCAGACAAAGUCGAUCCUGAGUACUUGAGUGCUUCUGAUUGGCUUCGGUCUGAGGGAGAUGCACUAGCUGCAGCAGCUGCUGCUGCUGCAGCAUCUGGAAAUGAUCGUGCUGCUGACGACGAUGAGGUAGAGGCAGCAGAAGCUACACCAACAGUAGCGCAGGGCCAGCCAGCAGCGGAUUUGGCUCUUGAAGGUUUCCAUUCGCCUACGCAGUUUUCACCGGCCGCCUUCAGACGUUUAUUCGGGUGUCUAUACACCUUGCAACAGAAGCGAGCAGCCGAGGGGAACCGUCUCUCUAGCUUUAUCUUUUCUGCCUUUUACCCCUGGAUCUGCGACCCGAGGACAAUCUUAUUCGAUGUCGCCCUCAAACACAAAGUGCAACGGCAUGCUGAGGUGUAUUUGCUGUUGCUCCUCAAAGAGUUGUCUUCUUCAUUUUCUUUCAAAGUUAUUGCAGCGGACCUGCGCCGGAUCAUGGUGUCAUCACAGCUCGUUGCUGCUCCAGCAGCGCAGCAGCAGCUGCAGCACGCGCUGCAGCAGCUGCAGGAGCAGCCGCUCUUUGAAGCGCUUGCCAUGUACCCUUCCGACUCUUUUGUAGCUGUUUUGCAGCUCGACGAGAGAGACUGGAUUGGGUACCGAGAGUUUGUACCCUUCGCCAACAGCAGCAGCAGCAGCAGCAGCACCAACAGCAGCUUGGUGGCUGAGGGGGUGUGUGAUCAUCUUCAUGUUCUGCGCUGCUUCCCACCGCCGCUGCUUCACUUCAUACAAACAGCAAUUGACCGUGCGGUGCAGCUGCCCCUGCUGCAGCUACUGCACCGAAUGAACGAACACGAAGACGACUUCUGCCAAAGCAGCAGCAACAGCGGCAGCAGCAGCAAUCAGUGGACGCGGGACGAAGUGGCAGCGAAGCUGUCGGAGUUGGCCGUGGCUUUUUGGUUUGCUGCUGUCGAUGAAGAUGAAGAGCAGCUAACCUCAAAUGAGAGUAUCAGAGAGAGACAAAACAGAAACAAGCGAAAAAACAAAUCGCUUCUACAGACAUUCAAACGCUACCUCAACGAUCCCAUGCAACUUUUGCGAAAGUACGGCUCCGCCAGCGAGAUUCGGCAGAGUAAAGAGCUCUCCUUCAAGUCUCUACAGCUUCCUGCCUGUUUCGGUUCCCGAAUUUGGUCUUCUUCUUGGCGGCACUUGGCAGUUUCGUUUGUUUGUCGUUUGAUGGAGGUCGACCAGAACAUUGACUACCAGCAACAAAGCUGGGCAGAGGCGCUCGCGGAGAGGUCGCACAGUUUGUAUACACUGGCUGGGGAAUCGGAUGGUUUAUCGUUUAGUUGGGUAUCUCCGCUUUCUUCUCUGUACAUCGCCGAUGUCUUUUGCCCUUCGUGCAACCUCGUUAAAGAUCUUGAAGUGGUUUCUGCAUUGGAAGAUGUUCUUGCGGAGACAGUAGACGGGCAACAGGUCGUACUCAAAGUCUGCAAGUGCCCGUCCUGCGGCGCGGCGCUGGAUGACGACUUGCUAGAAGGCCACCUCCUCCGUGCUCUUCAGGAAAUGCACUAUGCAUUCUUAAUUCUAGGAUUUAGGAUUAGCGGAUUAGGGUUUGACUCGAAGCUCGGUUUGAUGUUGUGGUCUCUUCUUCGUGCAGGGGGUUUGCUGUGUCUUGCGGAGUUUGGCGGCUUCAGGGAGUUUCUACAGACGACACAAGAGGUAGCUGUAGAAAUGGGAUUUGCAACCCUCCAGUCGUGCCUCGUGCAGAUCCAGGAGGCCUGGUGUUAG